UCCGGCUCGGCGGUCCGGCGUCCGCGCCAGCCUCGGUGGCCAGCGAAGUCCUGGGCGGGGGGCCUCGGGCAUGGCGGCCAGCCUGUGGAUGGGCGACCUGGAACCGUACAUGGAUGAGAACUUCAUCUCCAGAGCCUUUGCCACCAUGGGGGAGACCGUGAUGAGCGUCAAAAUUAUCCGAAACCGCCUCACUGGGAUCCCAGCUGGCUACUGCUUUGUAGAAUUCGCAGAUUUGGCCACAGCUGAGAAGUGUUUGCAUAAAAUCAACGGGAAACCCCUUCCAGGAGCCACACCUGCAAAACGUUUUAAACUGAACUAUGCCACUUAUGGGAAACAGCCAGAUAACAGCCCCGAGUACUCCCUCUUUGUGGGGGACCUGACCCCAGAUGUGGAUGAUGGCAUGCUGUAUGAAUUCUUCGUCAAAGUCUACCCCUCCUGUCGGGGAGGCAAGGUGGUUUUGGACCAGACAGGAGUGUCUAAGGGCUAUGGUUUUGUGAAAUUCACAGAUGAGCUGGAACAGAAGCGAGCCCUGACAGAGUGCCAGGGAGCAGUUGGACUGGGGUCUAAACCAGUGCGUCUGAGUGUGGCGAUCCCUAAAGCGAGCCGUGUGAAGCCAGUGGAAUAUAGUCAGAUGUACAGUUACAGCUACAACCAGUAUUACCAGCAGUACCAGAACUACUAUGCCCAGUGGGGCUAUGACCAGAACACAGGCAGCUACAGCUACAGUUAUCCCCAGUAUGGCUAUACCCAGAGCAUCAUGCAGACAUAUGAAGAAGUCGGAGAUGAUGCAUUGGAAGCAGUGACCCUAGGGAUGGACUGGGCAGGACAUUGAGCUCCAGUUGGCGGAUGGGGAACUGGCGAUCCUCGCUGUCUUCUCAGGGUCACACAGUGAGUUAGAAGCAAGGUUGAACCUGGGGUCCCUGUCUUUCUAUCCUCAGUCUCUCACCGUGUCCUGCAGGAAGCAUUGCAUUGCCUCCUUUUUAAAGAAAUUAUCCUGAUUGUAAUAAUAUUUGUGUAUAACUCCUUAGAAUUUUUCUAUUUCUUUCUCAUCCAUUUAUAGUUUAAUAAUAGCCAACAUAUUUUGUGCCAGGCACUGCUGCUGCCUGUCAACACUUUGAUGAGUAGGUACUGUUAUAAACCCCAUUCUACAGAAAAUAAAAACUGAAGCUUAGGUAGUUAAUAAUAGCGAACAGGUUGUACUAUAUGCGGGGCAUUGUUCUAAGCACUUUACAUGUAUUAACUCAUUUUGCCUUCACUACGGCUUUGAGGUAAGUACCACAAUUAUCUUGAUUUUACAGAAGAGAAGACAGGUAGAGAAGUUAAAUUACUUGUUCAAGGUCAGCAUAGUUGCAAGAGGUAGACUGUCUUGGAACCCCUGCAGUCUUGCCCCAGACUUCAUGCUCUUUACCACACAGUUAUAAUUUCUCCCUUUUUUUUUUCUUGGCCACCUCGCAUGGCUUGCGGGAUCUUACUUCCCCUACCAGGUGUUGAACCCACACCUUUGGCAGUGAAAGCGUGGUGUCCUAACCACUGGACCGCCAGGGAAUUCCCUGACACCUCCCAUUUCAACCUAAUAGCCACACAGUGAUGGGACACCGCAGGGAUUGUCAUCCUUCUUCAUCUAUCCCUUGGCUCAACAGGCCAUCCUCCAGGCCCAGUGUUCAGAGUGAGGAAGGGUGCUUUAUUGUACGUGUGUCCAUAGAGUUCCACACACCCAAAUGCCUGCCCUUGGGGAUUCUCUGGUGGUCCAGUGGUUAGGACUUGGGGCUUUCACUGCCAUGGCCUGGGUUCUGUCCCUGGUCGGGGAACUAAGAUCCUGCAAACCAUGUGGCACGGCCAAAAAAACCCCAAACAAACAAACAAAUGAAAAACAACAAGAAAACAAAUGCCUGCCCUUGAUGGAGCCCUUUGCUAGUCUGUUCCCAUAUGCUGAUACCUCCACUGAGUGGAGUGACUAGAGUUUCCAUAUGGAGAUGCUGUACGUGCUCAAAGCCUCAACUCAUAAUUUAGAUUAAAAUUACAAGAGAAAGAAAUAUCCCUCUGGCGGCAGAAACGGACACAGUACUUAUGUGAAAAGAUUCACCACUGACUGGUUGAUUCAGCACUCACUGGUUGAUUCUUAAGAGUAGCUGAGGGCUUCCCUGGUGGCGCAGUGGUUGAGAGUCCGCCUGCCGAUAUGGGGGACACGGGGUCAUGCCC